GUGACUUUGCUUCUGCUGGCAGGCUCCCAAACACGAAACACCGUGGGAUGGAUGGUGACCGCCUGGAUGGCAUCAGGAAUGCUGAAAAAUGGGGCAGAAACUGGGAUUAAAGCCCUUUACUCAGUGAUUCCGUGUCCAAUCCGUGGUCCUCCUGUGCUGGCCCUGGGUCCUGCCCAUCCCUCGGCUGCCUGUGACCUUCUCCAAUGACAGCCCCCUCCUUCCCCCUGUUGACUCAUCUAAGUAUCCCCUGCCUGGCCAUGGUGGAUACUGUUACGGGAGCAUUUUGGGAUGCAGGCAUCACAUGCACAUGCCUGUGGGUAUAUAUAUUUGAGGGCACGUGGCUGCUGGGGUUGCAACACUGAUCUGCCUGGACUCCUCUCAUCACAGGGCUCCUCUUACAUGCUGUCUUCAUCCACUGCAGCUGAUGGUACCUGUUUGCUGGGAAAAGUAAACCAUGUCCCACGGAAUAAACAGGUCCAAGGCUACACUGCAAAGAGCGAUAUGGUCCAGCCAUUGCAACCAGACCCGAUGCACGGUCCAGCAUGGAGGAAGCUGGUCAGGGCGAUGCCCUUGUUCAGCACGGGUGGCUGGAGAGCACCUAAAAAGCUUCUCCCACCAGUCCCACCUGCAUUCAACGCUAGAGAAAAAGCCUCCUGCCAUGAUCCUGGGAAGGGCCAGGAGAGCUGAUGAAGCAGGCGCAGGUGGUUCUUACUGAAGCAUCAUGGGUGAUGGCGAAUCUAACGACUCCAGCCUGGAUCAGAGUCAUCAACAGCUCUUUGGACCCAGGUGGCACAGGAGACAACACCUACAAGUGCAUAUUUGAUGAGGACUUCAAGUAUGUCCUGCUGCCUGUCUCCUACGGCAUUGUGUGUGUGGUGGGGCUCUUUCUCAACCUGCUGGCCCUGUAUGCUUUCAUCUUCAGGAUCAAGACCUGGAAUGCCUCUACCACGUACAUGUUCAACCUAGCCGUGUCUGACACACUCUAUGUGGUCUCCCUGCCGCUCCUGGUGUAUUAUUAUGCCAUGGGGGACAACUGGCCCUUCAGCGUGGGCUUGUGUAAGAUAGUUCGCUUCUUGUUUUACACCAACCUCUACUGCAGCAUCCUUUUCCUCCUCUGCAUCAGCAUCCAUCGAUUCCUGGGCAUCUGCUUCCCACUGAAGUCACUGCAGUGGGGGCACGUCCGCUACGCCCGGAGGGUGUCCGUCAUUGUGUGGGUGGUGACUGUCGUGUGCCAGUCACCCGUGCUCUUCUUCGUCACCACCAGCGUGAAGCGUGACACCAUCACCUGCCACGAUACAUCCAGCAAGGACCUCUUUGGCCAGUUUGUCAUUUACAGCUCGGUGAUGCUGGUGCUGCUCUUCUGCAUCCCUUUCCUCACCAUCAUCAUCUGCUACUGCCUAAUGGCCCGGAGGCUGCUGCAGCCCACACGGGGGAUCUCCCGGCUGUCCCGAUCCAAAAAGAAGUCUGUCAAGAUGAUAAUCAUUGUCUUGGUGGUCUUCAUCGUUUGUUUUCUUCCUUUCCAUGUCACUCGUACCUUGUACUACUCGUUCCGGAGCUGGGACUUGAGCUGUCAGACCCUCAAUGCUAUCAAUUUAGUCUAUAAGGUGACUCGUCCCCUAGCUAGCACCAACAGCUGCCUGGAUCCCAUUUUGUAUUUCUUAGCCGGACAGCGAUUUAGGAAGUUUGCAGGCAGCAAAAUGCCAGGGAAGCCUCAAAAUGAAAUGGCACUGGGCAUUGUGCCCAACAGUCACCUGGAAACCAGCAGCAACACAGACACGUUAUCCAAGGAUGCGAAAUCCUAGCUCUGCUCCAGCACAGCCAGCAUCUUCUCCGUGACAGAAGGGUUUAUCCCAGGUGUGAAGGGAGGUCAGGAUGCUUCAGGGCCCGAGGUUUUUGGUGUUUGCAGUGCCUUGGCUUGCACCCAGUUCAGCAUGGUCCUUGUUAAACGCAGUCUCUGCUUGUUGCUGUUUCAAAUGCCUUUUUUUUUUUUCCCCGGGAAGGUGCCGCUGUGGUUAUACACAAAACCCCGUAUCUCUGCCUCUUCAUCCAAGCCUGCCUCUCUGCUCAACGCUGAAUGGCUCCUCUCCACCAGUGAGGCUGGGUGACCUCUAUCAUGGUGGCCAAAUCUGCUAAAACAAACCAUGCCCUGAAUGUCUUAGAACACUUUCUAAAGCAGAAACAUUGUGUGCAAAAGGUCCACCUAAAGAAAUCCAUCUGCCCUUCUCCAGAUCCGCUAGCACAGAGGUAACAAGAGUUUCUCUGUGCCUUGGCGAGGGAGGAGAGGCUUUUGGUCGAUGAGGAGAGUCAGCUGUGGUUCUGCUAAACAGAUCAAUAAAUUGCUAAGUGCAAAUACCUCCUGCAGCGGGAAGGGGUCUCCCACAGCUAUGCAUCCCUGAAGAAAUGCUCUCACAGCUUCGUGCCCCGGCAUCUGCUGGCAGAGCCGGGAGGGGACUCCUAGCUCCUGUCCAAGGGCUGGCUUCCCAUUAAAAAUGGUGGACCUCCCAUCCCACUGGAUUAUGCCAGUACCAUCCAUUGGAGUUUACUGGUACCAUCAAGCAGGUCCCCUGUAGGUUUCUCCAGUGGGGUCAGUAUCUUUCAAAAGACCCAUCAGUGCUUCCCAGCAACAAUGUUCACCCUUGAAAAGCUUUUAGGAACAUGUAGCUUCCUUUCAGAUGCUGACUUUAAUAAUCAUCUCCAGCUCAUUAAAAUCUAGGGUGAGGUCUUCAUGUCUUCUUUUUAACCCCCUUACUAGUGACUCAUGUUACCAGCAAAGAAGCAAAGACCAUUGCUUGUUCCCUUGGCUGAACGCUGCUACAUUCUCAUUGCUGCUCAGAGGUGACAGCCCUCUCAGACCUUUAGCAGCUUGCCAUGACCCAAAAUGCUGCCCAGAUGCUGCUGUCUGGUUUCCCCAUAAUCCCAGUAAUCCCAGUGCUCCACUGGAGCCAAUCAGCAUAGCCCUUCCUGACAGUGUAGAUCUUCCCUGGGAAAUCUGGCAGCACUAAACCCUGGGUUUAGGAGCCAUAACAGUAAAACAUGGUGCUAGGCUUGACCCCAGGCCCCUCUGGAUUUGGGCUUGCAUCCCACAUCAGCCAGGACAGUUCAAAGUAAACUGGAGAAAAUAGCCACAAAACAUUUCACCAGAAAGUCCACUUGAUCUUUCUCUCUGUAAUUGUUGGGUUAGAGAGCCAAGAGCCGAGGCCCAUGGCUUCCUUGCCCAGCUUUGCCACGAGGAUGCUGAUUCCUCACCCCAAAAACGAAAAUUGCUUGUGCUGCAGCACUGGACGAGUCAUAUUUUUGUAAAAGCAGCCCUGACUCUAUUUUAGGAUUAGGCAAACACAUUUGAUCCUGGUUUAGACCAAUGCCUCAGGCCUCCUCUUCAUGUCUCCCAUCCCUCCCUCUUAUGAUGUGGCUCGAUGGAGGUAAAGGCACGCCACGGUGUAACCAGCUGAGUUUAGUCCAAGGGUGACUGGGACCAUUCAGGGUUAAAUGGGAGGUUCCUGAGGUCCGGGCUUUGUGGAGACGUGGUCCUAUGGAUGGCUUUUGUCCCAGCCACCAAUGUCACAACCACAGGAGGCAAAGAGGGGACUGUCUCAGCUCUGAACACCAUCGUCAAAGAAAAACAGAACAAUUUGAUGAUUUGAUGAACAAUUAGAUUAAAUGGUUCAUCUCAUCCCUGAGUGCACUUUUAGGAAAGGGUUGGGUUGAGACAGGACUUCCCCCAUGGCAGCACUUUUUUUGACUUGGGCAGGUGAAGGGAGCUUGGCUUCGUGGGGAGUGUCGCAGCGUAGUCACCAGUGCGAGACAAAUAACUGGGAGGAAUUUAUUCAUCCGAAGUGCUGCACUGGUACAAACGUAACUCCAGGCCAGGUCUCACUUGGUCUCCCACACUUGCCAAAAAGCAGCAUGAACGCCAAGUUACGUGCUCUGAAUAAUUCAACAAAAUAUGCUCAGAGUUCACUCCUGCAGUCCUGCUAGGCAGUCCCACCUUUCUCGGAGCUAGCAUGAGCCAGCUUCAAACGACCACCUUGGGCAACACUGCCAGUCCCAUUGCGGGGUCCUCCUGUGACCUUGGUCCUGCACAAACUGGUGGCACUGUUCAGAUGCAGAGUGGUUGGAGAGGUACCAACUGGAAAUUUAUAUAUAGAUAUUUUUUUUGUUUGUAAAAGCACUAACUUAUACUAAAAAAAAGAAAAAAGAAAGAGGUUUUGUGACGAUGACUGUACAUUUUUAUUUUUGUAACAUACAAACACCUCAGAUUUCUUAUAGUGAAUAAAUUUAUUUCUACUAUGA